UGCAAAAUAUACCAUCUCUCGCACUUCUAUUUAAGAGAAGCUCAAGUAAGGAAGCAACAACAAAAAAAAUGUGUUCCAUUAGUGCUGAAAAUUUAGACAAACCUCAUGCAGUUUGCAUACCAUACCCUGCUCAAGGCCACAUUACCCCAAUGCUAAAGUUGGCUAAAAUCCUGCAUCACAAAGGCUUUCAUAUCACCUUUGUCAACACUGAAUACAACCAUAAGCGUCUCCUCAAGUCUCGAGGCCCCGAUGGCCUCAAUGGGUUGCCAUCUUUUCGAUUCGAGACCAUUCCUGAUGGCCUCCCACCGUGUGACCCUGAUGCCACCCAAGACAUUUCUUCUCUUUGUAAAUCUACAACCACUACUUGUUUAGGUCCUUUCAAAGAGUUGCUCGCAAAGCUUAACGCUACUUAUAACGUGCCACCCGUCUCGUGCAUCGUUUCUGAUGGUUCAAUGAGCUUCACUCUCUCUGCUGCUCAGGAUUUGGGCAUCCCUCAAGUUCUCUUUUGGACUCCAAGUGCUUGUGGUUUAUUAUGUUACAUGCAUUAUCGCGAUCUUGUUGAGAAAGGAUACACUCCACUUAAAGAUGAAAGUUACUUGACAAAUGGAUAUUUGGAGACAACUUUUGAUUGGAUACCAGGCAUGGAAGGAAUAUGUUUGAGGGAUUUUCCAAGUUUCAUUAGAACUACAAAUCCAGAAGAAUACAUGAUCAAAUUCAUCAUCCAAGAAACAGAGAGAUCAAAAAAUGCUUCUGCUAUUAUUAUCAAUACAUUUGAGCCAUUGGAGAAAGAAGUUGUUGAAUCACUUCAAAAACUUCUUCCUCCAAUUUACGCCAUUGGUCCCUUGAAUCUUCUCUUGGAGCACGUAGUCGAUGACAAGAACUUGGGAUCGAAUCUAUGGAAAGAAGAAACCAAGUGUCUAGACUGGCUUGAUUCCAAGAAUUCAAAUUCUGUUGUCUAUGUCAAUUUUGGAAGCAUCACUACAAUGACCGCGAACCAAUUUAUUGAAUUCGCCUGGGGACUUGCCAAUAGUCACAUGGAUUUUUUGUGGAUCAUAAGGCCUGAUAUUGUAUCAGGGGAAAAAGCAAUUCUUCCAUCCGAAUUCGUGGAAGAAACUAAAGAAAGAGGGAUGUUGACAGGAUGGUGCCCGCAAGAACAAGUCCUUAGCCACCCUGCUAUUGGAGGAUUCUUGACUCACAGUGGAUGGAAUUCGACACUCGAAAGCAUUAGCAAUGGGGUACCAAUGAUAUGUUGGCCGUUCUUCUCAGAACAACUAACAAAUUGUUGGUUUUGUUGCAGUCGAUGGGGAAUCGGAUUGGAGAUUGACAAUAAUGUGAAGAGGGACGAAGUUGAAAGUCUCGUGAGAGAAUUGAUGACAGGGGAGAAAGGCAAAGAGAUGAAGAAAAAGGCAAUGGAGUGGAAGAAAUUGGCUGAAGAAGCUGUUAAAAAGACAACAGGAUCAUCUUAUGUGAACAUAGACAAAUUGAUUAAUGAAAUUCUACUCUCCUCCGAAACCAUUAAGCAAUAGUAUUACUAAUCAAUUGUUGGUUGAUUUUCCUACUUUCGUUAUGUUGUACGAAAUAAUAAAAUAAAAAUGCCCCUUUCAAAAUGGAGGAGAAACUUUUUUGAUAGUGAGGCUUGAAACCCACACUCUAGGGAAAGCG